AUUGUGUACAAUUUAAAUUGUCUUAGUAAUAAUGACCAAUUUUUAAAUUCAUCACAAAAAUAUAUUUUAAUUUCUUGUUACCUUGAAGAAAAGCCAGAUAAUUCUUUACCUGAAUUAAAUCCUGAAGAAGUAACAAAGAAUAGUAUAUUCUUUAUUGAAUCAUCUUGUAACCAUAAAAAAGGAAUUAAUUUGAGUCUGAGACAAGGCUGUGCUAUAGAAUCUGCAGCAAAUUUAAAUCCUAAUUUAAAUAUAUUUGUUUUAUUUGUGGCUCCUACUUUCAUAAGCAAUGAAUCUGAAAUUAUUAAUAGAUUUCAAAUGUAUUCAAAUAUUAAUUUAAGAUACAUAAAUUUUGUUAAAUAUUCUCAUAAUACUCCAUUACAAAACUUUGUGACCUCAAACACCAUAUCCACAAGUCAAUGGCCAGUUCAUCAUGCAAGUGACUUAUUGAGAUUAUUAACAUUAUGGAAAUUUGGAGGGACUUAUUUGGACCUAGAUGUAGUUCUAAUGAAAUCUUUGGAGGGCCUAUCAAAUUUUGUAGGAAUUGAAUCAAACACAUUAGUUGCCUCAUGUGUAUUAAACUUUGAUGUCGAUAAAAUUGGAAGAACAGUUUCAAAUACUUCAAUCAAUGAAUUUGCUUCUAAUUAUCAUGCAAAUUAUUGGGGGUAUAAUGGCCCUGGUCUUAUCACCAGAACACUUAAAAAAAUCUGUAAUACAAAUCUAGUACCUGAUAUGAAUAAGAAAAAGUGUAAAGGAUUUAUGGUGUUUGGGACAGAAGAAUUUUUUCCAAUAAGUUGGACUGAUUGGCGGCUAUACUUUAAUACAAACACUAGCGAUGAAGUAAUGGUUAAACUUAAAGAUAGUAUUGGUAUUCAUGUAUGGAAUUUUCUUAGUAAAGACACUGCUAUUAAUAUAGGUUCAAGACAGCCAUAUGGUUUAGUUGCAGAAAAAUAUUGUCCAAUUAUUUUUUCUAUGGCAAAUUCUGUAUUUUAAUUAAUUAUAAGUAGUAAACAAA